CGCCAAACAGGGGGGAAAAGAAGACAUGGAUCUUUUCGGGAAACAGUUGGCAGAGGAGGCCCGCCGCUACACCAACCUGUACGACCCCGCCUCGCAAAGCUAUAAAAACGCAGAGGCCGCCAUGAAUACGUGGAAGGAGAUCGGCCAAACGUUGGGCAGGGAGCCGGUGGAGUGCAUGAAGAAAUGGAAGGGGAUGAGAGAUAAAUUCGUGCGACUGAAGACGAGAUUGAACGCGAUGAAGGGGCCCCUCGGACCCCGGGCCACCAGGGUCCCCGAAUACUACGUCACGCUGUCCUGGCUGCACGACUUCGUCAAACACCGGGGGACAGAGAGCCGUUUACACGAGAGGUCAGAUGAUGGCACACCAAUUAUAACCACAGAGGACCACAGUCUGGACAACCACUGUACCGCACAGUCAACGGAGGAGCUGACCGAAACCAGGCCUUUGGCACCAACACAGCCGUUCAGCUGUUCGAUCCCGCUACCACCCCAGCAGCCUGCCCUACAUAAUCCUGACCCCAUCUGGUCCUGCUCAACCCUACAGCAUGAUUAUUUUGAAAACUGCUCCACAGUUGUGUCGCAGUUUCAUAGUAUUGCGGAUAAGUACACCGUGGAUGGACAUACUGCUGCAAGCUCACCGUGGAAGCAAGUUUUAGAUGCUCAGCUCCCACUGUCCUCCCUGCGUCUCUUGGUUCCUCCAUUAUGGCUGAUGUCAGCUUGUAUGUGGCAGGUGGCUGAACAGCGUAAGAUAGACCAGUAUGGAAAACUGGCCGACUUCAUCACUUUGGUGACAGAGAUGGUUCCUGACCGUAUGAGUCCCAAGCAGAGUUCUCAACUCAUCAUUGGACUGAGAGCCAGGUUCAUCUUAGAGUUGCUACAGAGGACGGAGCUGUUUGACUCUCAAGUCAUCGAUGAACAUCUGAACAGGAUUCGACUUGGGACAAAACUCUGCUUGAAAGAAGAGCAUGUAUACCCAGAACAGUAUGGCGAUCGCUUUGACAAGGCACUCCAGAUUCUGAUGUGGCAGUUCUUCUCCAGACUGGAGGAGUUCCUCCCUGUACCAACUUUCUCACAGGUAGCUUCCAGUUUUGACCUUUCUCCACUCGAUCUCCAGAUGGAGCAGUUUAUCUCUGAUACCAAAGCUCUAAGGGAGCUUUUACAGCAUCAAAAAUGGCAGCAAAAUCUGGCAAAAAAUCAAUUCUGCUGCAUGGCAGACACCAUCCUGUCCACACUGGCAUCCAAAGCAACUAAGACGGCACCAGUGGCAGGCGAAGACCGAGUUGCACACACAACAGAGAGGAGCGAUGCGGAGAGCCAACAAAAGGCCAAACAAUCCCUUAUACCAAAAACAGAAAAGGAAGAAAGAGCGAUAUCAGAACAAGAACUCACCUUGACCAUGGACGUUGUACAUGACAAGGAGGAGGAGGCGGCCACAGAUGACAGCUCCAGUGAGGCUGUCGGGUCAACCUCGCUGCUGGAGGAAGAGGUGUUGUCUCCACGGACCUCCUCGCCAUGCUGUGAAGAAAAUGGCAGAGCAGGCCGGGCCCCAGGUUCGCUCUCCCAAGACACUGUUUCCCACCAGCCAGUUACUCAAGUGGGAUCAGGGAAGCACCGGGAGUGUUCAGAGAACAUGAAAGUACACCUGCGGAGUCACAAUUUGAGGCACAGUUUAAAUCCGUGCACUCAGUGACCUGUCCUGCGUGUGUGUAACCCACAGCCCGUCCCCUUGCUGUUUGUCGCAUCUAGUCAUGGGCCCUGUGUUUGCCACUGAUGAGUAACAUGGUUAAAAGCACAUUUUUAUCUGGUGCAAGUACAUGGUGAUAAAAUAGAUUCAAGGUGAUCAAACUCUGAAAGGAAGAAACUUUUGUGUAUGUGUGUGUAUAUGAGUGAGAAAAUAAUGCAAAGGGCCCCGUGGGGAAGAAAACUGAUCUCAAAGGGGGAUUAAACUGCGAUUAACAAAGCUGGUAGUAUUUUUUUUGAGAAAAGACCAUAUUUUCAUAGAAAUAAUACAAAAAUUCAGCUGUACAAUACCAUUAAUUUCAAGGUUAGAUUUAUUAGCUUAGGUUAAAAAAAACAACAAGAUAUUGUAGCGAUGGACGUUAAGUCUUUUAUGAUGUUUUUGGGUUAAAAUUACAGAUUUGCAUUUUCCUUUCAUGGGUUCUGUUCUCAAUAGGCCAACAAAGAUACCGUGUACAGCCAUUUUUACCCCUUUUAUGUAACCACAUGUACAAAAAAAUCUUAUCACAGCACAAGUGUUUCCUUCUACUGGGUUGAAAAAAAUAUUUGCACAUAUGUUUAAUUUCUUUAUUAAUUAAUUUGGUCUUCAUAUUCUGGUGUUUGCAGAAUGUCAAUUUCUCUAAUUUUGUUUAAAUGUAGAAAUCCAAACAAAGAGGUGUAUAACAGAGGAUGCACAGAACAACUUUGGAA